GGGAAAGAAAGGAGGAACGAAGACACGGCACUGGAGACUAGAGCGACCGCGCAUGCGCACCGGUGGCCUCUGCUGCCGGCGUCGAUAGGCUGGGCGCCUGGCGUGCGUUGCUGGCGCUUCCUCUUCCCUCCGGUUCCCUGGACGCGGCGCGGAGAUCAACACCAGGCAUGGCGUCGGCGGCAGAGGCAGCAGGAGGGGCCCUGCUGGAAGCCACCUCCGAGGCACACUUCCAGGAUGUGCUCCAGCAGCCCGGCAGGUUUUUAGUGGUGGUUCAUUUCUGGGCCCCAUGGGCUCCUCAGUGUGUUCAAAUGAAUACUGUCAUGGCAGAACUUGCAAAGGAGCAUCCACGAGUUACUUUUGUAAAGCUGGAAGCUGAAGCAAUUCCAGAAGUAUCUGAAAAAUAUGAAAUUACAUCUGUUCCAACAUUCUUGUUUUUUAAGAAUUCUCAAAAAAUUGACCGAUUAGAUGGUGCUCAUGCACCAGAACUGACCAAAAAAGUCCAGCAUCAUGCAUCUAGCGUGACUGUCCCACCUAACUCUAAUGACAAUUCUAAAGAGGACCUCAAUGUUCGACUCAAGAAGUUGACCAAUGCUGCACCUUGCAUGCUGUUUAUGAAAGGAACGCCCCAGGAACCUCGUUGUGGCUUCAGCAGACAAAUUGUGGAAAUACUUAAGAAGCAUAACAUUGUGUAUAGCAGCUUUGAUAUAUUUUCUGAUGAAGAAGUGCGUCAAGGACUGAAAACGUACUCCAACUGGCCUACCUACCCCCAGUUAUAUGUUGCUGGAGAACUUGUAGGUGGCCUAGAUAUUGUCAAGGAGCUUGAAGCAUCUGGAGAAUUGGAUACAGUCUGCCCCAAGACACACAAAUUAGAGGACAGACUCAAAGACCUGAUAAACAAAGCUUCUGUAAUGUUAUUUAUGAAAGGAAAUAAACAGAUGGCAAAGUGUGGGUUCAGCAAGCAGAUUAUAGAAAUUCUAAACAAUACUGGUGUUGAUUAUGAUACUUUUGAUAUAUUGGAGGAUGAAGAGGUCCGGCAAGGGUUAAAAAAGUAUUCGAAUUGGCCAACCUACCCACAAUUGUAUGUGAAAGGUGAACUUAUUGGAGGCCUGGAUAUUGUUAAGGAAUUAAAUGAAAAUGGUGAAUUGCCAUCUAUUCUGAAAGGGGAAAAUUAAUGCAAAUGAACACAUCACUGAAGACUAUUGAAAUACAAAAAGUAUGAUUAUUAAUUGCACUGGAACAAUUCAUGACUUAGCCUUGACGAAAGAAAUAUAAUGCAGGCUUCUGACUUCAUACUUCACAAGGUCAUGUUAGAGCUGUAUGGAAAUGUAGGUUUUCACCCCAGUAUAAGGUCGAGAGCAUCUUAAAAUGGAAAUAAAAGCUUGAUUUCAAAAAUG